AUGGGUGUGCCCAAAUUCUUUCGAUGGCUCUCCGAGCGGUAUCCUCCAAUCUCGCAACUCAUUGCGGAAAACAGAAUACCCGAGUUUGACUGCCUUUAUCUCGACAUGAACGGUAUCAUCCACAACUGCACGCACAAAGAUGCCGGAGAAGAUACGACCUUCCGUCUGAGCGAAGAGGAGAUGUUUAUUCGCAUCUUCAACUACAUCGAACAUCUCUUUGGCAAGAUUAAGCCGAAACAGCUCUUCUUCAUGGCCAUUGACGGUGUCGCGCCUCGCGCUAAAAUGAAUCAGCAACGAGCUCGUCGGUUCCGUACCGCGCUUGAGGUAGAAAAUGCCCGUGAAAAGGCCAUCAAGGAAGGCGUCGAGAUGCCUAAAGAAGAGCCGUUUGACAGCAACUGUAUCACACCAGGAACCGAAUUUAUGGCGAAACUGUCUCGACAAUUACAAUACUUUGUCAACAAGAAGGUCUCCGAAGAUACCGAUUGGCAGGGCUGCGAAAUUGUCCUGUCUGGACACGAAGUGCCCGGCGAGGGUGAGCACAAGAUCAUGGAAUACAUCCGAAAUGCCAAAUCGCAACCAGGCUACGACCCCAACGUGCGACACUGCCUGUAUGGCCUUGAUGCCGAUUUGAUUAUGCUGGGACUUCUCAGUCACGAUCCUCACUUUUCACUGCUUCGUGAAGAAGUCACGUUCGGUAGAGCGUCCAAGAAUAAGUCGAAGGAGCUUGAACACCAGAAUUUCUUCCUGCUACACCUGUGCAUGGUCAGGGAAUACCUGGAAAUGGAGUUCCAGGAACUAAAGCACAAUCGAGACCUCGGCUUCGAGUUUGACCUGGAGCGUGUCAUUGACGAUUUUAUCCUUAUGGCGUUCUUCGUUGGCAAUGAUUUCUUGCCAAACCUUCCCGGGCUGCAUAUCAAUGAAGGUGCGCUCGCUGACAUGUUCGAAAUCUAUAAGCGAAUUCUGCCGGAUGAAGGAGGCUACCUACAUGAGAAUGGUGUUCUCAACAUCAAGCGCGCGCUUCGGAUGAUUGGAGAGCUCGGAAAGGUCGAGCUUAAGCAGUUCGAGCACGACGUAGCUGACGAGAAAUGGUUCGCUUCGAAGCAGAUGGAGAAGAAGCUGCAGAACACAGCCACUGCUUCCACCGCAAAGACGUCCAAAAGUGGACAGCGAAUCAUCACCACAACUCAACGAGAUCUCUGGAAACAAAAGAUUCGCCCAUACGUCUCUAAACGCUCGGACGAGGCCCUGGACCUUGGUAAAGAUUUGAGUGCGGCCGAUAAGAAGUUCGCACAAGAAAUUGCCGACGCCAUGCAUCUUGAUUGGUCUACAAAAGAGGAUGACAAUGGAUUCCGACAUCUUGUACUCUCAUUCCCUGCCAAGCCAGCGGGCGAUAACGACGAUGAUGAGGAUGAAGAAGAAGGCAAUCUUGCAGCUUAUCGCGUUAUCAAAACAUACGACAAGGCUGUAGUGGUAAAUGACUCUAGCGAGGCUUCUCAGGAGGAAUAUGAGAAGCUGUAUCAGGUUAAGUACCAAGGUUGGAAGACUAAGUACUACCUGCAAAAGUUUCCCGAGUGGGAAUCUACUGCCUACUCUGACGAGCAAAGGAACCUCUGCGAAAACUACGUCGAAGGUUUGCAAUGGGUUCUUUUCUACUACUACCGCGGAAUCGCCUCCUGGCCUUGGUUCUAUAAGUACCAUUACGCGCCUCUCAUCUCCGAUGUGGUCAAAGGUGCGAAUGCGAAGCUCGUUUUUGAAAAAGGGCAGCCGUUCAAACCAUACGAACAGCUUAUGGGUGUCUUGCCAGACCGAAGCAAGAAGAUUGUGCCCACGGCUUAUCAUGACCUUAUGACGAACCCAAGCUCUCCCAUCAUUGACUUUUAUCCGCGAGAUUUCGACUUGGACAUGAACGGUAAGAAGAUGGAAUGGGAAGCCGUCGUCAAAAUCCCCUUUAUCGAUGAGAACCGCCUGUUGACCGCCAUGGCGACAAAGAAUGCGCUACUCGGCGACGACGAGAAGGCGCGCAAUGGCUUUGGGGUUCCUCUCAAAUUCACCUACUCGUCAGAAGUCAAUUUUACGUACCCUUCCCCUCUUCCCGGCAUCUUCCCCGACGUACAGAACUGUCGCUGUAUCGAGAACAUCUUUGACCUGCCCAACAUGGAGGGACUAGUCUACAAAUCAGCUCUGACAGAUGGUGCAAAGCUUAAGAUGGACGCCCUAGCAGGCUUCCCCUCCCUGCACACGCUCUCCCACACAGCACAGCUCAUUGAAGGCUACGGCAUCAACGUCUUCCAAGCGGACAGCCGCAACCCGAGUGUGAUUGUGACGCUUACUGGAACUGAGACACGCAGCAAGACGGAAACCUGGAGAGCAAGGCUAGGAAAGAAAUGCUUUGUGGGAUAUCCUUUCCUCCAAGAAGCAAAGGUUGUCAAGGUCCAAGAUGAACUUUUCACCUACGAACUCGGCGAAGAUGGUGUGGAGGUCGUCAUGAAGGACAACACAAACCGCGACUCUGCAAAUUUUGCCAAGGAAGCGGACUAUCUCGAGAACUGGCACGCAAAACGCCUUGGUGUCACGAUUGGUCAGGUUGAGUGCCUCGUUGGUGUCCACAUGCUAAAGGGUCUUCUCAAAACUGAGGAAGGCGCUCUCAUAAAGGAAUAUGCCGAAAACCCAAGUGUCCGAAGCAUAUAUGCAUCUCAGACUGUGGUUGACGAGGUUAUGAAUGAGGACGAGCGGUUCCUCGAGAAGGCUGCCCUACCGGUUGAAGAAGAGUUUCCCCAAGGCACAAGAGCGUUCUUUCUCGGCGAUUAUGCGUAUGGCCGACCUCUCGAGAUAACUGGCCAUAUCAAUGGCAAAACGGAAAUAGUAGUUUCGGUGCCGAAAACCAAGGAGCCCGAAUUCUCGCGAUCCAUCAUCCGGAAGGCCGAGAGCGCAAAUCCAUACACACCAUCUUUUGCCAUUGCCAAGCAGCUUGGGGUUCAUCCUUUGGUUCUUAGCAAAAUCACGUCCUCCUUCCAGGUACUGACAUCGGCCGGGUUGAAGCUGAAUUUAGGGCUCAACCUGAAGUUCGAAGGCCGCAAGCUGAAGGUGCUUGGUUACUCACGCAAAUCCAACACCGGCUGGGAGUUUAGUAAUUUGGCUAUUGAGCUUAUUGCCAACUACAUGGUUACAUUCCCGGAUUUCUUUGCCGCGGUGCAAAAGCAUGCUCAGAAGAGUGACAUCUACGACACCGAUUUGUGGCCCGAUCAAAGCGUCGCGUCUCAAAGGCUGAAAGAUCUCUCUGCUUGGUUGAAGAAACAAGAAACAAGCAAAUUCGAGAAGGUAACUUUGGAUGCUGAGCAGCUUGACUCGGAUAUCGUCAUGGCGCUGGCGCAAGUUGGUGAAGAAAUAUUUCGAGCGUCGCAGGAUUCUGAUAUUCGCAAACUGCGCGGUGUUCCCCGCACAGCCUUGCUGAAGCCAUCAGAUGCUGAAAUGGUACUUGGAAACCAAGCCUUCAAGCUUGGCGAUCGCGUGACGUUUGUUGCCGCGGCUGGUAAGGUGCCUAUCGCCACAAGAGGCACAGUGGUAGGCAUUAGCCGCACCCCGACAGCACUUUUACUCGACGUUGUUUGGGAUACAUCAUUUAUGAGUGGAACGACAUUGGGCGAACGUGCUCCCAUGUUCCGCGGGCAGACCGUGCCAGCCUUGAGCGUUCUCAACACCACAAACCGUCAGGUACUCUCGGCCUCGAGCAAAUCGCAGCAGCGACGCGCAGCAGCAGCCCCGAGCAAAACAACCGGUGGCUAUGGCUCUAUUGGUGUGCCACAGUACAAGGACGCUCAAGCCCCUGCACCUCUCCGUGGCGGCUGGAGUGGCACUGUGAAUGGAAAGCAGUCAUCUAGUCGAGGCCACGGCCGUGGCGGUGCCAACGGCGAGCCGAAGCUCCUGCACAGCACCAUGGUCUACCGCGAUGGACCCCAUGGCAGCUCACAGAGUACCGGGCAAGGCGCUCGGGGCCGCGCUGGCCACCGUGGUGGUGCAGCCAUUGGGCAGAACGGUGAGCAAAAGUACGGAAACGUGCCGCCUCCGGCAAACUUGGACGCUUCACGGGGUGGCCGAGGCCGUGGUCGAGGCAAUCGGGGAAGGGGACACGGCAACCGCGGACGAGGGGGCGCUGCUGGCAACCAAGAAGCCAAGACAGCAUAG